UCCGGGCGCUGACACGUCGAGGGAGCCCGCCCUGAGCUUCCCGCCUCCGUGUCCCCGAGGCCGCGCCAUGCGGUGAGAGACCCCUGCCCUACCCUACUCGACCCGACUCGACGGACGCGCGGCCCCGCCGACAUCCCCGGACCCGCUGACGCCCCAGGACCUGCAGAUCGCCCGGGCCCCGCCGCUCAAGAUGCCCAGAGGCUGCGCCCUCCUGCUCGCCUCGCUGCUCCUCGCUGCGGCCCUUUCAGCCACCCUGGGGCUCGGGUCGCCGGUGAAGGAAAAGAGAGGCUGGACCCUGAACAGUGCUGGCUACCUUCUUGGACCACAUGCCAUUGACAACCACAGAUCACUUCACGACAAGCAUGGCUUCACUGGCAAGCGGGAACUCGAGCCUGAAGACGAAGCCAGGCCAGGAAGCAUUGACAGGCGGCUGUUGGAGAACAAUGUCGUGCGCACGAUAAUCGAGUUUCUGACUUUCUUGCAGCUCAAAGACGCUGGGGCCCUGGAGCGCCGGCCCGGCCUCCCCGCAGUGCCCUCGGAAGGCGUGGAGCAGUCCUAGGAGGCUCCCAGGGCGGUGCGGCUCUUCGUGGGCAUCGAAGUCAAGCUCGAAGCCUAUGAUAAUCAUAC